UUUUAAGAAUAGGCCUUUAGCCAACUUUCUGAGCUGCUCUAUUCUCUCUAAAUACUGUUGCAUGACCUUCGUACUUUAUUUCUUGGAUUAUAAUAUACGUAGAAUUAAAAAGAGUCGCAUCUAAAGCAGAAAAGGACACUAAAAGGCGCUGAUUAAGCAUACCACCUGCCAUCCGCAGACAAUUGCGAGCGCAACUCGUUUCUUGCCAACAACAAUGCAACUCUCCAGCAUCCUUAUUGCCAUUGCCGUCUACCUUGUUCUACGCUUCAUUAAAAGUCGAGCAUCCGACCCCGCAGCCACCAUGCCCCACGGAAAGGUCAUCGAGGUAGACAACCCUGUCAUCUUCAAGGCUCUUACGUCCUCCGGUCCUGUCGUGGUCGACUUCUUCGCUACCUGGUGCGGUCCGUGCAAAGCCGUUUCGCCCGUCGUUGGAAAGCUCAGCGAGACCUACGCGAACGUGCGCUUCAUCCAGGUCGAUGUUGACAAGGUCCCUUCGGUAGCGGGCGAGUUGGGGGUGACGGCUAUGCCGACCUUUGUUUUGUUCAAGAAUGGUAGCCCCUUGGAAAAUCGGGUGGUGGGGGCGAAUGUGAAGGCGUUGGAGGAGGCAAUCAAGGGCAUAUCUGCUUAGAUGUUUGUAUUUGAUAAGAAAUAGGUCGAUUGGUUAGUCUGAUCCAACCGUGUAUAGAGGUUCAUUACAAUACCACUUUUUCAUCCUCG